AUGGAUACUCGUAAGAUUUCUAUUUUAUCUGGUAUUUUAAUUGGAGCCACAGCUUUAGCACUCCUAAUUUUUAAGUUUGUUUCCAUUAGGAAAAGACAUACCGCUGUUGAUGAUAGAUUUUUCAUUCCCGAACGAACUUAUCCUUCUUUCAUUGAAAUAACAACAAAGGAUGGUUCAGAACUUAAAGUCAAUGAUACAUCACAGUAUAAUGUAAAGAAAUACUUUUCUAGCAAAAUUCAAAUGUAUGAAUACAUUUUUGAAGAAAAUGCUAAAUGUGUUGGUUUUAACUAUAAAAGUAUGAACGUUUGGAAACAGAAAGAUGGAAGAGAUGGUCCAUACCCAGUAUCAAUAAUGUUUUAUACUAAAAAUGACGUAAUAAUAGUUGAUUUUGGAAAGGACAAUACAUUGGUUUAUAAAUUUAAAAAUAAUGAAUGGGUCCCUGAAACCAGUAGUAGAAUCCUUUUGGAUUUGGAUAUAGAUAUUAAAGAUAACAACAGUGAUAUAAAUUAUAAUUCAAUCUAUAAUCGAGAUGUAUACAUUCCUAAAGCUGGAAAGUACAUUCAAUCAGUUAGUCAUUUGAAUAAUGAAUUAUACAGUGGUAAAGCUUUCCCCGAUCUUCUGGAUAAAGUAAUCGUAAAUAAUGCUAGUACGCCUAGGGUAGUAUCCCUUAAUACUUUAGAUGGUCGUAAUAUUCAAGUUACAUUAAACUGA